AUGAAAAAAGCUUUAAAUUUAGCACUUGAUUUAGGCUAUAAAAAUGAGUUAAUUAGUAUAAUUAGUUUUAUUGAUUAUAAAAAAGAUGGAAUUGUAAAUGUAAAUGAAGAAAUGCAUCAAUCAUCAUCAUCAAGAAUUCCUCUUAGUGUUAUUGAACCUAGUAAUAUUGAAAGAACAAAUAAUGUUGAGGAAUGUAAUAAUAUUGGUAGAAAUAAGGAUUUUAAUAAUAUUAAGAGAUAUGUUGUAGAUGAGAAUAGUUCUAAAUGA